GGGGAGAGUCAUGGGUCCACUUCCUCCUUCCUUCUCCGAUUCUUUUUUCGAACUUUCCCUGAACAAACCAACUUUCUCUCAAAGAAAAUGACUUCCAUCGAUUUCGACAACGUGAAAGCAGAGAAAGCCAAGGCACUGCACCGUUUCAAGACCAUUGGUUUCCUCUUCCGUAUCACUGAGAUCUGCGUCGCUCUUCUCUUACUCUGUUGGAUUUUCACUUCCCUCCCUUUCGCCGUCAAAAUCUCCGGCGAGUUCCUCCGCCGUAUCUCUUACAUUGUAUCCACUCCUCUCUUCAUGUUCCUCCUCGGAAACUCCAUCGUCGUCGCUCUCCUCACCACCAAAUCCACCGUCUUCUCCGCCGCUGGUGCCGUCGACGGCGGAGCGGAGGCGGAUAUCUACGACGUGUUUAUCAGAACCGGCGAAAACCGCGCGAAUUCUCCCGACGGUGGGGAUCCGAUCAUCGUUUACGACGAUAAACAGAUCGUCAACACUGAAAAAGAUUCAAAUUCAAAUCACACGGAGGCGCGUGAGGACUACACGGAGGCGCGUGACGAUAAUACGGCGGCGAGUGAAGAGCACGCGCAACUAAAACCGGUGAAGGACUCUGUUACUGACACCGAUGCAUCGGAGAAUCAUCACAUUACGAAGGUUUUUCGAAGGAGCAAAUCGGAAAUCACAUCGAAGGAGACUCAAGAGACGGCGGCGAAACCAUUGCUCCGGCGAUCGGAGACGGAGAAGUGCCGGGAAAUAGUGGAGGCGUGCGAGGAAGUUCCGUUUCCGGAGGAUAAUCUGACGAACGAAGAGUUUCAGAAAACGAUCGAAGCAUUCAUCGCGAAACAGUUGAUAUUCCGUCGCCGGGAAUCACUUGCCGUCGUUAUCCAUAACCAGAAAUGAUUUAACUGAAUAUUUUUUAUAUAUAUGUAAUAGACAUAAGCUAUGUAAUGUAACUUCGAGUUCGAACCAACAAACAAAAGUUUUGUAAGGAAGAAGAACAUCGAAGAGAUCGGUCGGUUCCAUCUCGUGUUGUGUUCCUUUCGUUGUUUGGGUUAAAUACGUAUAGUUAAUGUUCGAAUCAAGAUUUGUCGAAAGAUUCGGAUGCAUUUUAGAACUCGAUUUACAUGAACAGUGUGUGUAUGUUUCUCUGUACUAUUAUUUUGCCUUCUGUUGGUUCAGCCAAGUGUCACUACCCUGAAGUGAUAAUAAUACAAACUUGAAGUAGAA